CUCCUACUACGACCCGCCUCUUAUGCAUAACAGCCAACUCUCCUUCACCCGGAUCAUAUAGUGCAGUAGUCGGCAAAGAAAGUGACCACAGCCGAAGCCUAUCCAUCCAACCCGUCUGAGCUGCGUUGACUGCGACCAAACGGACUCAUUCAACCUUCAACUACUGUUUACAACCAGGAAAAAAAAGACACCCAGCGGCUGCACAUUGGAGGCAGUUUUACGCGUACAUCGUAGCUGCUGCUGCUUUUUGGACACUUUAUAUUUUUUGCGCACGGCGGAUCUAUGAAGACGCGGGCAGGUUUUUCACUCUCAACACCAGACAGAGGGACCAGGGAGUGAUUCACCCCCCUGCCUGCAGCCCCCAUGCCGGGCAUUAGCUCCACCGCGCCUCGGUAUGAAAACUGGGACAUGGACCACCUCGACCACUACCAGCAUUAUUUCUACGACGACCACCACGACCCGGACGAGGAUUUCUUCAAGUCCACCACAGCUCCCAGUGAGGACAUAUGGAAGAAAUUCGAGCUGGUGCCGACCCCGCCCAUGUCUCCUAUCCGGGCUGCGGUGGAGGGGUCUGCAGGCAGCAGGGUCGGGCUGCUGCACCACCCGUCUCUGGGGGACAAACUGGAGUGGGUGUCUCAGUUCUUGGGUCAGGAGGAUGAGCAGCAGCAACAGCAGCAGCAGCAGGAGCUGCCCUGCAAGCUCACCGCCACGGCCAGCGACUCCUUCGGCAACCUGAGCUCCAUCAUCCUCCAGGACUGCAUGUGGAGCGGCUUCUCUGCAGGACAGCAGCUGGAGAGAGUUGUAGGAGGGAGCUGUCCCGGGACGGGGACCGGGACCGGGAGCGCUGCGGCGAAAGUCUCAGCCGGCUCUGCGGUCACAUCUCCGGGGAGGGUUCAGCAGUGUGCACCCGGAGAUGCCUCGGCUCUCAGCGGACUAGCUGCGGACUGCGUGGACCCAGCUGCGGUGCUCACUUUCCCGUUAACCGGUGGAUGCAAGAAGCAAGUGUCCUCUGGUUCCGACUCUCACACCGACUCAUCAGAUGAUGAAGAUGACAAAGAUGAGGAUGAAGAAGAGAUCGACGUGGUGACAGUGGAGCACAAGCAGCAACGCAAACCUCGUCGACUGGUCAACGCUCGCAAACCGGUGACCAUAACGGUGCGAGCUGACCCUAUGGACCCCGGCAUGAAGCGUUUCCACAUCUCCAUCCACCAACAGCAGCACAACUACGCUGCCCCCUCGCCGGACACACUUCCGCCAGUUGAGCCGCCUCGGAAGAGGGUACGGCAGGAGGCGUCCUCCCAGGUCACCCAGCCGCACCAGAACUCUCAUUACCACCAGCCGCGGCCCGGCCACGCCCCUCUGAACUUAGACAGGAAGUCUCAUGGGACCGCGACUGGAGUCAGGUCGGAGUCGCCUACCCUCAGCGCCUACUCGCCUACCUCCUCCUCAUCACCUUCGUCUCCUCCCUCCUCGUCCUCUUCCUCCUCGGCGUCCCAUUCCCAAAGCUCCCCCUCGAAGCCCCACUCCUUCUGCCACCUCUCCAGCCCCCAGUCGUCCGACUGCGAGGACACGGACAAGCGCAAGGCGCACAACUUUCUAGAGCGCAAGCGACGGAAUGACCUGCGCUCGCGUUUCCUGUCGCUGCGGGACGAGAUCCCGGGCCUAGCGGACUGCCCCAAGACGCCGAAGGUGGCGAUCCUGACGCGGGCCACAGAGUACCUGCAGCAGCUGCAUGUCAGCGAGAGGCAGAAGGCUCAGGAGAGGAAGCAGCUGAAAUCCCGGCAGCUGCAGCUGCUGCAGAGGCUGGCGCUGCUCAAACGCUCCUGAGCGACGGGGGUGGGGGGGGGAGGGUCGGCUGUCACCACACACACGUACACUCACAGAACUGAGCUACAUGAAGGAGAAAAGACACUAAUGUUCACUUUGAAUUGGUCACGUUGGAAUAGUGCGGGUGGAUUUAUUUUUUUUUGUUUUCUAUUUUUGUGGUUUGCACAUUAGCUUCUGAGUGAUUGACGAGGCCGAUCAGGACAGCGAGCUAGGGACUGAUCUUACGGGGGCAUCUUACAGGCAGAUUAACAUGUCCAUGGUUACUCAAUAUAGGUUUGUCAAACUGUUAUAUUUCCCCUUGCUGAAAAAAAUGUUAAAAAACCGUUGCUUGCUACGGGAAGACUUGCUGUGAAUGCAGCAGCUUCUAGUUGAUAAACUGCUACAACUGUGCUGUCUAACUGCUGCAUGGUCUGGUCAGACGUUUCCUUGAUUGUGAUGGUGCACAGCAGAGAUGUCUCCUCUUUCUGCCUGUCAUCAGUCUAAAGCCCCUGAAGUUUCUCUGUAUUAGUUUUCUUUACAGUCUCCUGCUCCUUAGCGCUCUGCAUAUCUACAACUUGCACUUUUUUGUGCCUUGUUUUCUGCUCUUUUCCAUUUUUCUUUCUUUUCUCUCAUUCUCCAUAGCAUCUCGUUCUUUUCUUCACACUUUGUUCCUCUUCAGCUUCUAGCUUUAUGCUUGCUGAUCAUGGGAACGCAGGGAGCUGUAGUGGGACUGUAUUGAGCCAUGCAACAGCGAUGUCACAACUGUUCUGCACCUCUGGAAUAGCUCAGGUUUAAGUCCUAACUUCUGUGCCUGCAGGUUUUCCAUUCAGUGUUGCAUCAUAAAUGCUUCAACAGCAGCAACCAUGCCGGAACAGUAACGACCAGUUUUGUAGCAUCAUUUGGAGAAAAAUAUGUUGCCAUACAGGCAUUGUUUGAGAUUUAUCCUAUUUUCAAUCAAUAUCUGCUAAAAAAAAACACUAUAAAGAUCUUUAACCAAGAUUUCUCUUUAUUGUUGUUGUGCCAUGGAGACCAGCCAAAAGGUGAAUGUUGGCUUCAAACCAUCAACCAAAAGAAACUCUUAGAGAAUGGCUUAAAUUUGAAUCUGUAUGUUUUAAGCAACAUCAAAAAUGCCAACUUUUUCGCUUUGAGAUGAAGCCCAGUGAGGUCCAACUGUACAUUUCUUUCAUCUUGCUGUCUGAUAUAUUUGUAAAUUGUUUUGCAUUUGAUGUAAUGCCUAUAGAAGCCUUUCAAUGUACGUAGACUAUCCUGUUGGAUGUUAUGUAUAUAGUACCCUGACUGUACAGUCCCUUCCAAACCAAAACCAGAGCUGUCUACUAUACUCAUCCUAGUUUUUGUUCGGCCCCGCGUCCUAAACCGGGGCCAAGCUUGCUGGCUUUUCAAAGAUAACUCAAAGCUUCUAUUUUUGUUAAUAAAAUGAUUAUGAAAAAAGAGUCAAAAUAAAACACGUACUGAACAUUGAUCACACUAGACACUUUGUCACCACAUUUGUUUGUUUGUUUUUUUGCAAUGCCUGUUUGUUUUCUUUACUGUUCAUUGCGUUUUCUGUCUCUGGGGUUUCUUUUAUUUGUACAAGUCAAGAGUUGACAAAAGUUUUAUACUAUAUUUUCCUACCGAGUUGUGUUUCAGUGUGAGCUAAUGACUGUUUUUGUUGUUGUAGCUGGCAGGGCUUUAUUGGUGGUUAUGUGCUGAAAAUUGGCAUGUGUAGUCUGCUUUUUCUCUGUGGGGUGGAAAGCACCUGAACGCUCCUGUAUUCAAUCCAAUCACUAUAGCUGUAGCUCUCUCUUAAAUCUGGCGCGGGUGGUGAGGAGGGAGGGCGACAUAAGAGGAUCUGCCGAUUAAACUUCUGGCUGUGUGUAGCCUUUAGUGACCUUACUGCUUUCUCUCUGCUUUUUUUUUUUUUUUUUUGCAAACCUGGUGCUCCCUAUUGUUCCCAUAAGCCAUGCAACAGAGAACACUGUAGCCCUGGAUCGAGUACUGUAAAUGACUCGGUCAUGACGAGUAGCAUGCUCUGCUCUUACCAGCACUCAGGAAACUCCCACGUAGCCUGUAGCUCUUGUGAUGGAGCCAAAGGCUGUGCUCGAGGAAAACACCCCCCCCUGCUAUAAUAUGCUGUAACAUAAUGCCAGACCCACACGGACAGAAAGAGAGCAUCAAGGGAAUCAAGAUGUACCUGAACGAAUACAGGAUAUCAUUAAUAUUCCUUUCCUUCUUCUAAAUCAGCUGUAAUAUUUUUUUCUGCUAAUUAAUUCAGCACAAACCACCAUUAGCCCUGAUUUUUUUUCUCAAUAUGGGUGCACCCACAGCAGUGGUUUGCCCAAUUUUUUUUAAUUUGUUUGACUUGUGUUGGUCACUGGUCUCUGCUGUUGGCACAGUCACGGUGGACGUUGCUUACUUAUUUUUGGGAGUUUAACUAUGGUGAUUUUGGAGCCUUGUUUCAGCACUUUGUUUUUUCUGUACCUCAUAAGCCUCUAUGUAUGAAGAGUAAGUCAGAAAAAUAAUAAAUUCAUGGUUUGACAUCAUAAA